AUGGCGACUGGUGAUUUCUUUUUCACGCCAUGGGUAUUGCUGCUUAUAACUAGAGAAUGUCAUGAUAAGUUCUUUCUAGAUUUAAAUUUCUUUGAUGGUAAGUUAUCUUUCUGAAUAUUCUAGUUAAAUUUAAUGGUAGAAAGAGAUUUAUCGUAUCUGAAAGGCGAGUAUUAAAUCGGUCUGUAAAUUAUCCAAAUAUUUGACGCAUGUUUUGAAGUCGUGUAUUAAAUUCAGCAUAUUAUAGCGUGUUUAUGAUGGGGUAUAUAUUAAUUUAAGUGUAAAAUUGCAGAAACAUUUAUCUCGUAGAAAUAUAUGUGAUAUAGACACUUCCCGAAUUUGCUUGAGUGCACACGAAACAAUAGCUUGGAAUCGAGGCGGACAAUGUAUCCAUUGGAAAACUAUACUUAUUUCCAAUGGAUUACAUUGUCCGCCUCGAUUCCAAGCUAUUGUUUCGUGUGCACUCAAGCAAAUUCGGGAAGUGUCUAUUAUGGACCAUAUGGACCAUAUGGAAUAUUGGAAUCAAUGGAUGUAUAAUGCAUGAGUCAAUUCCAUGAGUGGUAUUUUCAGCAGUCAUUACUAAAAUUUUGUUCAAAUUUUACUAAAUUAAGAAAAAAUUUACCAAAUGUCGGCUUCCCAAAUAAUUACGUCAUAAUAAUGUCAAAAAACAAUAGUUACGCCAUCAAAGUAGAAAAAAUAUGCCCAAAAAGCUAUCUCGAAAUACUUGUUGCUUUCAUCGUAGUGACAUAAUAUUUUCAAGUUAAAUUAUUCCAGUAUGAGUCGUGUUUAUACAUAUAUAGGGGCAGGGGUGAACACAUUAUGUCACCAUGGCAGGGGCGGAUCCAGCCCAAAAUCUGACCAUAGCAUUUUCCAAGACCUCGCAUAGCUAGGGGUGUCCGGGGGUAUGCCCCCCCGGAAAAUUUUUGAAAUUUGAAGCCCGGAAAUGCCAUUUCCUGCGUUCUGGGCACUGCAUGUGACCAUUAAAUUUGUCCUCAUUGUAUUCAUUUCUCAAGCAAAAAUAAGCCAAAAUGAUCUCAAAAUGUAAACUAUUGCUGGCGUAUAUUUUAACAUACGAUAUCGGUAUGAUACUCGUAUCAUACGCAUAUCAUUAUCAAUUGAAUACCGAAAUACGCGUAUCAUCUACGAACGCGUGUAUCAUACGAAUACGCAUAUCAUAUGAACGCGCGUAUGAUAUGAAUACGCGUAUCUUAUAUAUACGAAUAUAUACGCAUUACAAACAAAUAUUAGCGCGCUAUAAAACAUGAUAUAUAUACGCGCGUAUCAUAAUUUGCGUAUUAAUUCCAAUACAUGCAGGUAUACUGUACAUACGCGCACAAACACUUUAAUAAAGCGAAGUUAAUAGCGAACACUAUACAGUAAAAACUCAAAUUAAAAUAUAAUGUGCAUCUCUUAUCAUUCAUAAGGCUUACCUGACUGGAAAUGAUUCGUUUUACUAUCUGAUUUUAUUUCUACCUCGACGCAUAUAAAUCCUUUAGCUUUACGACGGCUUUCAUUUCGAAAUGCGCACAACCGUACUGUGGGUUCCCAAUAGCAUGUUGUUGAUGAGCCAAACACAAAUAUCAGAUAUUCCAUCGUUCUGGAGCAGUAGCCAAUUUCAUGCCACCGUAGCAAACUAUAGCAUUUGCCCCAUUCCGAUUGGUUUGCUACGUUUGACCGUAGCAAACCAAUCAGAAUGCCGUAUAUGCCAAUUUUCGCUACGGUCAGAUUCGACCUUAAUGAAUCUGACCGUAGCGAAAAUUGAUCAUAUAUGGGCAACACGCUACGGUGUAUUUCUGAAGGAUGAUAUUUUCUAAGCUAUAGUCCAUUGCGUAAUGACCCGCAAACGGGCAAUUACAACCGUAUUUUCGGGCGGGAAUUCUUAAAACAAUUAACGUUACGUAUUAUAAAUGUCAUCAAUUUGUCAAAAUAAAAUGUUUUAGAACAUAUAAAACUAAAUAAAAUAAAACCUUGAAAUAUAAACAAGGAAAGUAAACAAAAUAUUGCUAAAUUAUAUUUUAGAUUGAUUUUAUGAUCCAUGUUAGAACUGGCCUAUGGAAAAUCUGACCGUAGCAUAUGCUACAGUUGCAACGGUCUAAAUCCGCCCCUGCAUGGAUUGUAAAAUAACUGGAUAGGAAACUUCCUGACGUCAUUGACCUCAUCCUUGUUGAAGAACGUGACGUCACACGUAUAAUGAAUAUUACCAUUGAAGUUCUCUGCAUUUUUGUUGUUUUGCUAUAUUUUCCACUUUAAAAGGGUGAUAUUGAAGCAUAAACUGGUCUAAUUGUUUUAAAAACAUGCCUAAGCCACAACAAAGUAUUCAAGGUAAAUUUUUUUUCAUCUUUGUUUUGUAUUUUUUUACAUUUGUAGCUACGAAAUUGGCGUCACAAAUUUUAACGAAAUUUGAGAUGUAUUUUUCACUGUUUAGUUCUUGAAAUAUUUGCUAAAAUUGACUGGGAAUACUCAGAGUUUUCAUCGUAGAAUGGCGUGGUUAUAUUUAUUUGCUCUUUGACUAAAAUGUUUCUAGCUGUAUUAUAGCUAAACAUGCUGUUUUUGAGAAUUUGGUUUGCAACUAGGUUGGGACAUCCAACCACGCCGUUAGCCCAUUGAAAACAUUAGGUCACGUCAUCUAGUUUCCUAUCCAUUUAUUUUAUUAUCCAAGAUGUCACAUAUAGGGGCAGGGGUAUAAACCUUAUCUUAAACUUAUACAGAGAUUUAUAACUCUGCCCCUAUGUGUAACAUAACUUUUUUACACCUGCCCCUAUAUCUAAUAUAAUGUGUUCACCCCUAUAUCAGUCUAAGAUACUUAGAUAAGGUUUUAAUACCCCUGCCCCUAUAUGUAACAUAAGGUUUUUACUCCCGCCCCUAUAUGUAACACAACUCAUACUGGAAUUAACUUGAAAAUAUUAUAUCACUUUCUCAGUCUUUAAAGAUUGUGUCAUUAUGUUUGCCCCUAUAUGUAAUGUUCAUCACAUUACCACCCCUGCAGAAAUUGCAAAAUUUCCUGGCAAAAAUGGCAAACUGGCAUAUUUCCUGGCAUUUCCUUUAUUUAUAUUAUAUUUUAUAUUCUCCUUUAUAUAUUUAUAUUUAUAUUAUAGUUAUUUAUAUUAUUUAUAAGUUUCCUGGCAUUUCAUAUAUAUGUUAGAAGUUUGACCGUGCUACCCUAUUUUCUCCGGGUGGUUGGGGGCUGUUCAUACAUCUAUGUCACAGGCACAGCUCAGUGAUCUAUAUGUUCAUACUGCCAAAAUGGCGUCUGUUGUCACAAUAAUAUUUAUUGAGCCAAAUUGCCUAAAUUCGUCUAUAGGAACUACGCAUCUCUAGAGUUGCAUGUUGGGACUCUACUGCAAACCGCCAAAACCAUGAAAAAAUAUUCACAAUAUGAAACUGCAACCACAGGGUUUUCUUUCACAAUUUAAGGACGAUUCACCUAAAAUCUGUAGUUGUCUGUUAAAAAGCAUUUUUCAAGCAUGUCCAUGCUGUAAAACGAUACGGAAAAUAAAUAAUUUUACUUAGUUUACCUUCUGUUGUUUUCGGGCGAAACGACUUGGGGCGAAACGACUUGGGGCGAAUCAACUUGGGGGCGAAAUGACUUGGGGCGAAUCGACUUGGGGGUGAAACGACUUGUAUUCCCAUGAGUAACCAUCCCCAGACCUUAAAAUAUAUUUUACAUGACCGUCUGACAAAAUGUCCGAUGACUUUGAGUUUGGGUCGGACAUGUAUGAUGAUGUCCGAUGACCUUCAGUUUGGGUCGGAAAUAAGUCUAAAUGACACGAAUGUCAGCACAAUGUAUUAAUUCGAACAGUAAAUGUUGUGAAGAUAUCAAAUAAUUGGUGUCAUUCAUACUUAUUUCCAAGCCAAAAUUAACUUGUUUGCCAAUAGCAGCAGUAAGAUUAAGCAGCAGAUUACAUUAAAACAUCAUUUCCGGUUCACUUUUUAUACAUUACUCUGACUCUCCAUUUAACAUACGAGCCUGUAGUCCUAAGCUAGGGUACAUUUUGAUUCACGUCAGACAAAGCUACAGUUCGGUCGGACACCAAUACACUCGGGUCGGACAAAGAAUAAACCUCAGUUUCACUUAGGUUGGACAGAAUGUCCGGCGGUUUCCUCUCUACGUCGGACAAUUUCAUGAAUGAGUUGGACAAUGUCUGUGCCCGACCGAUAUUUUUAGGCCUGACCAUCCUCCCGACAUUAGCAUUUUUUUGGAAAGAAAGUGCAAAUUCCCGGCCGCAAGGAGACACCAGGAGGGAAAAUGUAUGGGCCCUCCCGCACAACCGUUAGGUGGCAAAUGUCCCACCCCCGGGAUUAAAAAUUUUUUUUUCAUCAAUGGAUGAAAUUACAAUCGCGUAAUGCAUAGCAAAAAUUGCAUGGGGGUAUAAACCGUCCAACUUAAAACUGUAUUCUGGUAUUAAACUUUAGUUCAGUAACAGUGUAUUCAGUGAUCACAACCGCUUGUUCAAAAAUCCUUUUACAAUCUCCAAAAUUCCUUUUUUCCCACAAAAUUUCCUUGCCAUCCAAACGGUGGAAAAAAUCAAGACAAUUCAGGCAAAUUUGAGGCAAGUGUAUCAUAGACCCUAUGAGAAAUCGAGCAUCAUUACAUUGCCUGAAAAUUUGUGCAAGCAUUCAAGAGUUCCCUCCAUGAAAGUAUCUGCUACACAUAUAUGUUUAUGUUCAUCCAGGGGCGUAAGGUACUUGAUAAUGGUGGAGGGGUUGAAUGGCAGAAGGUGCUGAACGGCAAAAGUUGAAAUUUAUAGUCCCUAGAUCGCCGGAAAUGGCAUUAUCAGAUUCUUCUAUACCUCUUUUGUUAGACCUAUACUACUUAUAACUUGAUUUUUACUGGUUUAAGACUUGUAACUGGCAUAAGUUACAGAAAUCCUUGCAAUUUCCUUUAAUUUUUGUACUUUUCCUUGCCAUUUCCUUGUAAGUUUUAUUUCCUUGUAAAUUCCUUGCAAGGACCAAUAUUUCCUUGCUGCACUGCAUAUACUCUCAUCGAUUUUCAGGCCAUUUCGUUGAACCCGGCCUAUAUUAUUCAUCAUCUAAUAUUACCCUUUCGGGUUCAACGAAAUGGCCUGAAAAUCGAUGAGAGUGAAGUAAAUGACACAGUAAACAAAUAAGUCCACCAAUAUUUUGAAUCAGAGCGUAUUUAGACAUUUUUUUACAAUAUUUUACAAUAUAUAAAGUGUAUAUCAUUGCAUUCUCAUGUUUUUAUAUCAUUAUAUCAAACUAAAACCACUCCCAAAUCACACAUAAUACAUAAAGGAGACUAAGUAAGUUAUACUUUAUAAUAAAGUACAUGUUUAAUGCAAAAUAUAAUAAAAUUAAAAAUUAAAUAAAUAAAUACCCACACAGAGCCUGGGCCAGCUGUGAAGUCAUCACUACCGAAGUCGGCCUUGUAUUGGAAGUCGGGGGAAUUGUAAGAUAAACUCAUAUAAAUUGGAUAUUUCAUAAUUUUUACGAUAAACAUGUAAACCAUUUGUUUAUUAGCAUCACCUGAGUCAUGUUUUAGUCGGAAUUUUAGCUCAGCUGCCGUUUAGUAUACCGCACAUUUUCGGUGACGAUUAAUGUGUUCUAUACUUUAUCUGUCGUGAUAACUUAACGCUUUAAAAUUCCCGGUACCAAAAUGAGAACGGAAGUGAAAACAUCGGUAUCGGUAUUGGAAGUCGAACUUAAACUCUCUAUUGUGAAUACAAGGCCGACGUAUUACGGGGGGGGGGGGGUAAGUUUGUUUUGCCCGACCAAUAGGGAGUGCCCGACGGGCAGUCGCAAAAACAUUUUUCCGAAAAAAAUUUUUCCCGGACAACGACUUCCUGCCCCCCCCCCCCCGUCGACAGCUUUUUAGGGAAAAAAAUUUUCCGCACGAAGACGUUCAAUUGUACUGUUGUCUGUAAUCGCGAAGUUGUUCCACGAUAGCAAUUGUAAUCUGCGACUAAAAUAAAAAGUUAGGCGAACUCUGACUUUAGUUUUCGACUAGGAAGGUUUAUACCGUUUGGGUUCAACCUUGAAGUUUGACAAAUUUAUCGCAUUUGAUUUCAUUUCAAACAUAUCAAAUAGUUGUGUACAAUUCAACACGUACAAUUUCAGUCAAUCCCGUAAAAAGUAUACGUUUAAAAUUAUGGAUAUUACGACUCUAGUAGCCAAAUACAAACAUGAUUUCUGAGUCGUAAUGUCAAAGUAAUAUGAAUUUUGCCAGCACAUUCAAAAACAGAAAAUUGCCUUGAAAGUUGAAACCGGUAUGUGUUGUUUCAUGUACAUAAUCAAGUGUAAACAACGUCGCGUUUUGAUUGGUCAACGUUUGGGGGCGUAGAACUGCACGAAAUAAUGUGUCAAUUGACCUUUAAUAUUUUGUUGACUUUUUUGUUUUUUAAUAUUUUUGACAGCUGUUAAGCUGUUAAAGCUAAUCAGUGUAGUGGAUUUUUAAUGUAAUGGACUUUUAGUCUAAAAGCAAGACAACAGUACAAUUACAUAGUUUUUGCCCGACGAGCGUUUGGAACUUGCCCGACCAAACUCCAAUAUUACAAGAUUGGGGGGUGUCUACCCCCCCCCCCGCCCCCAAUACACACACCCCCCACUAGUUUCGGCCCUGUGUGAAUAAUGUGAAACGUUCCUUAUUUUUCGGGGAAAAUAAAACAAAGCUCAUUCUAACGUGUUCCCAACCAGAACUUUAUUCAGCGUUGCCACCACCCACUGAUCUGUAUAAUUUGCCACAUCCGACAUCUCUAUCUGUGUCUCUAUUCUAUUCGCUGCCACUUCAAGUCAACACAGUAGAGUUGUCAAUAUGGCGACUGGUGAUUUCUUUUUCACGCCAUGGGUAUUGCUGCUUAUAACUAGAGAAUGUCAUGAUAAGUUCUUUCUAGAUUUAAGUUUCUUUGAUGGUAAGUUCUCUUUCUGAAUAUUCUAGUUAAAUUUAAUCGUAGAAAGAGAUUUAUCGUAUCUGAAAGGCGAGUAAUCGGUCUGUAAUCCAAAUAUUUGAUCGCAUGUUUUGAAGUCGUGUAAUUCAGCAUAUUAUAGCGUGUUUUUGAUGGCAUAUAUAUUCAUUUAAGUGUAAAAUUCCAGAAACAUUUAUCUCGUAGAAUAUGUGAUAUAAAGGCCCAUAUGGAAUAUUGGAAUCAAUGGAUGUAUAAUGCACGAGUCAAUUCCAUGAGUAACCAUCCCCCCGGAAUAUACCCGGACAUUAGCAUUUUUUUGGAAAGAAAGGGCAAAUUCCCGGCCGCGCAAGGCCGGCGAGAACCAACCACGGGCCCCGGGACAAAAUGACGAUUGGUGAACACGGGCCCCCUGUCCCUCUCGACUCUCCCACUGGCUAUUUUUAAUCGCAAUCAACGAGAGAAUUGCCAGCGAAUUACUUGCAAGAAAUCGCCGCAUAACUGAUAAAAACGCAAUGUGAACGACGUUCAGCUAACUGUUUUUGCUGAGAAAACGAUCGAAAAAUCGUUUAUUUCACAUUUGGUACGUUUUAAGAUCGAUGACGACGAUCAGCGGAUAGUGUGCAAGUAGGCGUAUUUCAUUUAGGAACAUUUUACCGAGAUUUCCGGGCCCCUCUGAGCACUCCAGGCCCCGGGUAUUUUGCUCCCCCUGCCCCCUCUCUCGCCGGCCUUGCGGCCUCAGGGAGACACCAGGAGGGAAAAUGUACAGCCCCCGCACAACUGUUAGGUGUCAAAUGUCCCACCCCUGGGAUUAAAGCCGUCCAACUUAAAACUGUAUUCUGGUAUUAAACUUUAGUUCAGUAACAGUGUAUUAUCAAAUAUUAUUUUGUAUUAUUAACAUUAACAAGCUUCAACUAACAAAUCUCAAAUUUUUUGGAGGUGUUUUCCGCUAGUGUCAAAUGUCCGGGGGUCUUUUAGCCACCAAACAAUGUUCGGCCCCGGUGCACUAAUCUGUGAGCAAAUUUUCGGCCCCUUGGAAUGGCGUUCCCAGCAAAUGCCCGGCAGUGUCCUGGGGGGGGGGGGGGAUGGUUACUCAUGGAAUUGACUCAUGCAUAAAGCACAUGGUUCAUUUCUUCUAGUUACCAGCUUAAUUACCAUUCCCCCCUGCAUUUUGCUGUGGUGGGGAAUUUUGUUCAGCAUCUGAUCCUGGGGGUAUCCCAUGGGGAUAGGGUAUGACAAGGUGUGGUGCAUAAAAUGAGGGAGAUUACAAUAUUUGUGAUUUUUCUGUGUGUGACGUGAGCUGACAAUAAACAUAAGCUCAACGAAAUCUCUAGCGGGGACUAAGGGAUUGCUGUGAGCACUUCGUUUAAGAGAACCUUGAAACUAAGACUGUAUUCAGAGCACUCUUGCUCAGCUGUACAACACAUAUCAAUCGACAUGUGUCUAGAUAAUUUGUUAGUUUUUUCUGGUAGCACUCCCAACACUACUGUGUUGCAGGUAAAACACAAGGAGUGUGGGAGAUUUCUUCUAAUUCUCUUCAUGUGGGACGGAGAUGAUUAAUGACUCCAAAAUGCGGGAGUCUCCCACCAAAUGCGGGAGACUUGGUAGGUCUGAUAGGGGUGGGGAAUACAAAUGUUCAUAUGAGAGGGCUUUGAAGUUUGGACCUAGCCCCAGUGUGGAAAGUUUGUAUCGCGCGGCGGAGAUAUCGGCCACGCAAUUUUGAUGCUUUCUAUAUGUUUACUAUCAAUUUUUUGAAACUCCACUGGGCUGCCGGGUAAUUUCCAAACAUUCCAGUCGGGGCCUAGCCUGUGAAGUUGUGAACAUGGGAUUAAAAAAGGCUAGCCUUGUAUAACACUGUAACAUCAUGACCUUUAAUAGCCUCAGUAAACAGUUGUCUUGAUGUCUGCAUGAUCCCUUAGUGAUUGAUUUUCAUAUCACUCCAAUGGAAUCCUGACACUGUCUUUAAACAACCAUCUUUUACAAAAUCAAGAACAAUUGGGUCGACUUUGCAUUUUCGUCCUGUGUCCAUCCAAAUUAGAAUAAUCAAACUACCAGGCAGGUUAAAUUCACCUCAGGAAUAUUUUCAUUCACCCCCUGUUCUGACACCCCUGAAUGCCGCAAACACGACAUGUCUCAUUCACAGUACUCACUAUAUGAGAAAUGGAAAAAACUCUAAGCCAUUUUUAGUUUACCGUUAUUUUUUAUUUCAUUUUAUAUCUCCCACUCUUAACGUAGGUAUUUGGGAGUAAACUUUCCAAGUAUAUAGCAAUUACAUGUAUUUCUCAAUAUAUUUUAAAUAGUUCCAUGUUUAAAGCUUCUUAUUAGCAAAGGCCUUGGGUAUGGAGUUGUUCUUGGCUCAGCAAUGGGUAUGUGUGAUGUACAUUAUUACUUGUAUGAUGAAAUUACUAAAUUCUGAUUUCUUGAAAGAAGAACUAUAAUGUGAUUUAUAGUUAAGAAAUUUGGAUUUGCAAUUGCGCAUCUAAGUGACGACAAUACUUUUUUUUAGUGAAAGUACCCCAAAUAAUAAAGGUUGUGAGGGCCAAGAGCACGGCUGGUUUAAACAUCCUGUCUUUUUAUGCCGAAUUGUUAGCAUUCACUUUAAACCUUGCUUAUAAUUUGGAAAAAGGAUUCCCAUUCAGGUAGUAUAUAUUUUUUAUACUCAUAUACAUGAAUGCCAUAGUUUAUUUAAAAAUGCAUGUCUGGUCACAAAGGAAUGUAGUUAGGUGUAUGACAAUGGACAAUGAUUCCGCAACUAUUCCACAGUAUAUCUACUGUUAGGUAGUAAUUAUAUAAAUGAUCAUCAUACCAAUUAUUACGGUAAUAAUUGCGUGAAAAUAAUGAUUUAUUGAGUGGACUGAAGUUAUUUUUUCUACCAUAGUUAAUUGUGUCUAAAGUACAUGGAAAAGUUUAAAAAACACUUCAAAGUUUCGAGCGAAGGUCCCCGGGAGUGAGUGUCAGAAGAUUGCACAGUAGUUUGAUCACGUGUCACAUAAUUAAGAACAGACACUAUAACCACUGACUAUAACCACGUCAGAUGUAUAUGUUAAAGAGUACUACAUACACUACACUUUUGCCUACAGUUGGCAAUAAUUUUUUAUUAAAUUUAGCGAACAGCCAUUUUGCAUAUUUUUGGUAAAAUUACAUGUUUCGUUUAACAAGACGCCUGCUCAGGCGUCAACACUGGCCUGAAAAUGGCAACUUUCGUGGUAGGGUGUAAUGUGUAGUAGAGAAGUAGAUAAGGGAUAUCUGGGACCAUUUAACAAUUAGACAACGAGGCCGAGUUGUCUAUGAGCGAAUAGUCAACGAGGCGAAGCCGAGUUUACUAUUUGCUCAUGGACAACGAGGCCAAGUUGUCUAAUUGUUUUAGUAUAACUUUAACAUUAAUUUACAACUAGGCUGCAAACACAAUACAAAAAUACACAAAAAAAAACAUUAUAAAACCAUUAAAGGUAAACAAAUAUUUUAUUUUUUGUUCGCGUAAAGUGUUUUACAAAAUUCAGUUUUUAUUUUAAAAUUUCAUUGAGUGUAUGUUAUUUUGUCUAUUUUCGUACCCUUAAAAAUUGCCAUUCCAUAUUUUUGUUGCUUUUUUCGUAUUUUUUGGUACAGAAUUGUUCAACAAGUCGUCCAAAAAAUCAUCAGACACUUCGGCAAAAGUGCAAAAGGCGAAUUUUCCGCCAUUUUGAAUUUUCUAUUAGUAAGCUAUCACUAAUAGCCUACUAGUAGCGUAGCCAAUCAGAAGGCACGAUAUGUGAUAGCCUACUAGUAGGUUUAUACUAAAUAAAAAUAACCAAUAAAUACAUUCAUGGUCAGCAACUAUCAACCAUAAUAUACCAAGACGCCGGCUCAGGCGUACCCUCCGGCUACGGGCAACUCAACCUGACAAGCCAGGGCCACUGUAACUGAUCAUCAACUAUCAACCGUAAAUAUAAUGAUGGGCCAAUAAUAGCGAAGAAAUUAUAUAGUCCUUGAUUUUUAAUGCCAUUAUAUGGCUCGUUUCAGGUGCAAGAGUUCAUAGACAUGGACGAUUCUUCUAAAAAAUAUGCCAAUUUGCUUCCAUUUAUAAGAUAAACUGAUCCCAACCCCAAGUCCUUCUCUAACCCCAACCAGUAUUAAAAAAACUAAUAAACAAUUUGAGAAUUAAGAAAGUGGGGGGAAAAGUUGGAUCUUGUUCCAAAAACAAAUCGAACAGUACCACGUUUCACUUCGCCGCACGCAAUGCCACCUCGCUGAAUACGAUCGAAAACAUACAUUUUAUAGUAUAAAUAUAUGAUGAAUUGGAAAGAUAUUUGGUGCAAAUUAAUGUAAUUAGGUGCAAAUCUAUACUUACGAAAAUGAAUACAAGAGCACAACGCAUGUUUAUGAGCCUACAACGUAUAUUUAUAUACAUGUAUACUUGUUAAUUAAAAAGUCAAACUGUCAAACCUUUAACUUGUCCUUGUUUAUAUUCCUCUAUAUUGUACACAAAGAAAAACACACUAAUUCAACACGCAAGAAAGGCCAGAGUGCGACACAACGUAAAAUCCACAAUUCUUUGAAAAUUCAACGAAACUGUGUGGAAUAUAGUUAGAUCGCUCAGUGAAAAGCCGCCAUUUUGAAACUGAACUGAAUAUGUCACUGGAGCACGUUGCACCCUGAGAUGACCUAACGCAAACUCGAUUUCUCGACUACGAAAAAAAAAACAGAAAAAGAGGGAUUUAAGACACUUGGCCUACAGGCCAGUGUAAUAAUUCUUUCCUUUUCAUCAUUUCUGAAGAUUUACAGUAUUAAUACUAAUAAAACAAACACAUUACAAAAGCUGCAACACACGUUGUGGCUGAAAAAACUGUCGAAAUAUUGUAAUACAAGAGUCUACUGUAUAUGAAUGUAUUAUAAAACGGCUGAUAGCCGAUUUAAUUGUAAUUCUUAUAAUUAUAUCUAAUUAUUAAUUUUCUGUUUCUGUAGUACAUGGGGAGAAACAUCUUUCAUGAGUAUUCAAACUACUAUUCUUAUAAUUUUGAGCUAUUAUUACAAUGGCAUCAUAUCUGGUGCUGUAAUAUUUCCAGUUGUGUAUGCAGUAUUUGUCUAUGUAUUAACUUGUGGCGUGGUACCAAUAGACGUUCAUACUACAAUGCAAGUUGGUGUCUUGCCUAUUAUAUCAUUUAGUAAA